CCCCAUCUCCACCGCGAGAGAAGCAGGCCAGGGAAAUACCCUGCCCUGCCUGCCGGGUUUUUAGGGAUUUUCCACAGAAACUCCACUUCCCACCGACAUGGACAAGUGCUGAGGAGAGAAGCGGGCUUUCCUCAGGGAAAGGGAAGGGAGGCGGUGGACACACAUCUGGUGUUGUCUUCCCAUCUACGCAGCAGAGCCCUCACACCCGUGUGUGCAUAUUAAGACCCCACUGACCUCCAAGGCCCCAGCGGAGAGACUACGGUCACAGCCUUAGCAGAACGGAGGACAGAGUCAUGGCCCCCAACUGAGAGAUGUCUGGGUUAGCACAGGACCGCAGAGACUCAGAGGAGCAGCUGCGCAGAGAUGGGGAGAAGAGGCGCGCCCCGGGGGUCUCAGGAGAAUUUAUCUCACUGGAAUUUGGAUUCAGAAGUCCCUGCUCCUGAAAAUAACCUCCCACCUGGAAGGAAUAACACGGCAGGUGGCAAAAUUGCAAAGAACCACAUGGAGAUCCCAGUGGUGCAGCUGAUGCUAGAACUGAGUGUGUCAGUGCACGCUCCCAGGGGAGCACAGAAUAGUGAACAAGAGAUAUUCCAGUUAUGGAGUUACCCUUUCAAUGAAAGCAGCAUGGAGACCAGGGCAUUAAAAAAAUCCUCAGUGGAAAGUGGCUCGAGUGGAACCAGUAGCUCCACACAGCCCUGCACUCUGACCCGCUCUUUAGCCAGCACCCCAGCCGAUACACAAGUGGGUUCUCAUGCCGCCCUGCAUAUGCCCAGUCUCUGCUGGCCCUCCGCUGACGGAGACUUCUUUAAGGGCAGAAACAAGCUUCAAAUUAAUUCAUGUUCCACCACAGAAAACAACAACGCAGAAACUUUACCUGCUCCAGUGUGUAAUCUGAGAUAUGGAAACAGCAGUGUGGGAGAAAAUUUAACAGACGAAAGUGAUUUAUCAGAGAACGAGAAGACAAAUGAUACCUUGCUCAGCUAUUUUAAGAUGGACAUGAAUUUAAAGCCAGAAAAAAUAGACAACAUUGAGGAAUCUUUUACUGAGGAACCCACCGAAACAUUUCCGUAUCCUGAUUUUCUUCCCCCUCCCUUUGAUACUCUGGACUUGCACAAAUUGGCCCUCUCCAAAUGUGAAAACUGGAAAGCCACAGCGGAACCUCCAGACAGCUCCACCGAACACCUGAUCACUCGUUUGCUGGAACUGGAAAGAUUACAGCAUACGACUAUACAGAAAGAGAGGCCGCGACUGCAAAUGCUGUCCUGUGCUUCAGCUGUUUCUGAACCACCCUCUUCCUCCAAAGCUGUAUCAAAAGUGAGACAGCCAAAGCUUCCUGACUCUUUGAGUCUUCAGGCAUCAUGUGUAGAUAAAAGUCGAGAAAAGGCAAAACCCAAUUCUGGUUCCGGCAAGCUUGAACAAAACGCUUCAAAAUGGCAUUGGAGCAAUUCCAGCAAAUAUAAGUGGAACCCCAAAACACCAGCUCUAAAACUGCACACACAGCUGACCGCAACUUAUGAUACCAAGAACCCCCAAAGUCCCAUCUUAGACUCACGUCAAGAACUCUCACCCAAGCCUAGUACCUCCCAAACAAGUCAGUCACUGGUUAAAAUGGUCUCAAGACGAGCUCUGCCACCAAGGUCUCUGAUACCAGUUUCAUCUGUGGCCUUGUCUUUUCCUGAAAAUCACAAGGAAGAAACUAAGACUCCAAGAGCCAGAAAGAAACUCCACCAAAGAACUAUACUACUGAAAAGGCCAUUCUAUAUCCAGAAGCUAAACUAUUUGUCACCUUCCUUCAUAGGUAAGGCUAAGUACUCAUUCAUUGACCAAAAAUAACUCAACUCACACUGGAUUGCGAGCAGAUCCAUUGGAAGCCUGGCUAAAAUGUGGCUCAUUCUGAGAUAGAGAAGAUGAAAACCACACACGUCACUGCUUGGCAUGAUUUGAAUCACUGCUGCAGUACUUGUAACGGGCUUCUACACUGACCUAUCUGAUCACCUUUUGGACUUAACAUUUUAGAGAUGUUUUACUUAG